AUGUCGCUUAAAUGUCUCUUUGCAAUCUUUCUGGCGAGCAAUGCAUAUCCAACCCUGCAAAAAGAUGGCACAGCAAAUUACAACGUAAAAACGGAAUCAGAAUUACAUCCCAUUCCUUUACCAGUAUUUCCCGAAACUUCGUCACUUCCUGAACCUGAAACUUCAACACACAUGAAAGUUCCAGAUGACUCAGAACGUUAUCCCAUUUUUCCACCCUUAUUUCCUGAAACUUCGUCACCUCCUGAACCUGAAACUUCAACACAUAUGAAAGUUCCAGAUGACUCAGAACGUUAUCCUAUUUUUCCACCCUUAUUUCCUGAAACUUCGUCACCUCCUGAACCCGAAACUUCAACACACAUGAAUGUUCCAGAUGACUCAGAACGUUAUCCUAUUUUUCCACCCUUAUUUCCUGAAACUUCGUCACCUCCUGAACCUGAAACUUCAACACACAUGAAUGUUCCAGAUGACUCAGAACGUUAUCCUAUUUUUCCACCCUUAUUUCCUGAAACUUCGUCACCUCCUGAACCUGAAACCUCGUCACAAAUGAAAUUACCAAGUGAUUCAGAAGGUCAUCAUAUUCCUUCACUGAUAUUUCCUAGAAGUUCGCCAUCACCUGAACCUGAAACCUCGUCACAAAUGAAAUUAUCAAGUGAUUCAGAAGGUCAUCAUAUUCCUUCACUGAUAUUUCCUAGAAGUUCGCCAUCACCUGAACCUGAAACCUCGUCACAAAUGAAAUUAUCAAGUGAUUCAGAAGGUCAUCAUAUUCCUUCACUGAUAUUUCCUAGAAGUUCGCCAUCACCUGAACCUGAAACCUCGUCACAAAUGAAAUUAUCAAGUGAUUCAGAAGGUCAUCAUAUUCCUUCACUGAUAUUUCCUAGAAGUUCGUCACCUGAACCUGAAACCUCGUCACAAAUGAAAUUAUCAAGUGAUUCAGAAGGUCAUCAUAUUCCUUCACUGAUAUUUCCUAGAAGUUCGCCAUCACCUGAACCUGAAACCUCGUCACAAAUGAAAUUAUCAAGUGAUUCAGAAGGUCAUCAUAUUCCUUCACUGAUAUUUCCUAGAAGUUCGUCACCUGAACCUGAAACCUCGUCACAAAUGAAAUUAUCAAGUGAUUCAGAAGGUCAUCAUAUUCCUUCACUGAUAUUUCCUAGAAGUUCGCCAUCACCUGAACCUGAAACCUCGUCACAAAUGAAAUUAUCAAGUGAUUCAGAAGGUCAUCAUAUUCCUUCACUGAUAUUUCUUAGAAGUUCGCCAUCACCUGAACCUGAAACCUCGUCACAAAUGAAAUUAUCAAGUGAUUCAGAAGGUUAUCAUAUUCCUUCACUGAUAUUUCCUAGAAGUUCGCCAUCACCUGAACCUGAAACCUCGUCACAAAUGAAAUUAUCAAGUGAUUCAGAAGGUCAUCAUAUUCCUUCACUGAUAUUUCCUAGAAGUUCGUCACCUGAACCUGAAACCUCGUCACAAAUGAAAUUAUCAAGUGAUUCAGAAGGUCAUCAUAUUCCUUCACUGAUGUUUCCUAGAAGUUCGCCAUCACCUGAACCUGAAACCUCGUCACAAAUGAAAUUAUCAAGUGAUUCAGAAGGUCAUCAUAUUCCUUCACUGAUAUUUCCUAGAAGUUCGCCAUCACCUGAACCUGAAACCUCGUCACAAAUGAAAUUAUCAAGUGAUUCAGAAGGUCAUCAUAUUCCUUCACUGAUAUUUCCUAGAACUUUGUCAUCAUCUGAACCUGAAACAUCGACACAUUUACCCGUCCCAAAUGACAGCAUGAAAACGGAAUCAAAAAGUAAUUCUAGUCCUUCAACGGUAUUUGCUAUAACUUCCUCAUCUCCUGUUCCGCAAACUCCAGCCAUUUGUGUCCAAAUCUGCAAGUUGUUACAGUUUCUACUAAAAUUUAUCACCGUAAUGCAAUCCGGAAGCAUUGACUACUAUUGCCGAAAUUCACAAGUUUCAGUGAUCCAACGAAACAUUUGA